GGCACAUCGGCUGGACUCCGGGCAGAGGCACAUCGGGCAGAGGCACAUCGGGCUGGACUCCGGGCAGAGGCACAUCGGGCAGGACCCCGGGCAGAGGAACAUCGGCAGGACCCCGGGCAGAGGCACAUCGGGCAGGACCCCGGGCAGAGGCACAUCGGGCUACCAGGCGAAGCAGCAGGCAGCGGCCACCAGGCGGAGCGACAGGCACUGGGCCCCCGGGCGGGGCGACAGGCACCGGGCCCCCGGGCGGGGCGACAGGCACCGGGCCCCCAGGCGGGGCGGCGGGCGCCGGACCCCCAGGCGGAACUACAGGCAUCGGAUCCCCAGGCGGGGCGACAGGCAUCGGACCCCCAGUCGGGGCGACAGGCAUCGGACCCCCAGGCGGGGCGACAGGCAUCGGACCCCCAGGCGGGGCGACAGGCAUCGGGCCCCCAGGCGGGGCGGCGGGCGCCGGACCCCCAGGCGGAGCGGCGGGCGCCGGACCCCCAGGCGGAGCGGCGGGCGCCGGACCCCCAGGCGGAGCUACAGGUCUCGGGCCCUCAGGCGGAGCGGCGGGCGCCGGACCCCCAGAUGGAGCGACAGGUCUCGGGCCCUCAGGCGGAGCAACAGGUCUCG